UGGUGACGCAGCCCCCUACACCAAGCUUUGCUGCAAGGGAUUCUGUAUCGACAUCCUCAAGAAGCUGGCCAAGGUGGUCAGGUUCUCCUACGACCUGUACCUGGUGACCAAUGGCAAGCAUGGCAAGAGGGUGCGAGGCGUGUGGAACGGCAUGAUUGGGGAGGUGUACUACAAACGGGCAGACAUGGCCAUCGGUUCCCUCACCAUCAACGAAGAGCGCUCCGAGAUCGUGGACUUCUCCGUACCCUUCGUGGAGACGGGCAUCAGCGUGAUGGUGGCCCGCAGCAAUGGCACGGUCUCCCCCUCGGCCUUCCUGGAGCCCUACAGCCCCGCGGUGUGGGUGAUGAUGUUUGUCAUGUGUCUCACCGUGGUGGCCAUCACCGUCUUCAUGUUCGAGUACUUCAGCCCCGUCAGCUACAACCAGAACCUCACCAGAGGCAAGAAGCCCGGGGGCCCCUCCUUCACCAUCGGCAAGUCCGUGUGGCUGCUGUGGGCGCUGGUCUUCAACAACUCGGUGCCCAUCGAGAACCCCCGGGGCACCACCAGCAAGAUCAUGGUCCUGGUCUGGGCCUUCUUUGCCGUUAUCUUCCUCGCCAGCUACACGGCCAACCUGGCUGCCUUCAUGAUCCAGGAGCAGUACAUCGACACCGUGUCGGGCCUCAGUGACAAGAAGUUCCAGCGGCCUCAGGAUCAGUACCCGCCCUUCCGCUUCGGCACGGUGCCCAACGGCAGCACGGAGCGGAACAUCCGCAGCAACUACCGGGACAUGCACACCCACAUGGUCAAGUUCAACCAGCGCUCGGUGGAGGACGCGCUCACCAGCCUCAAGAUGGGGAAGCUGGAUGCCUUCAUCUACGACGCUGCUGUCCUCAACUACAUGGCGGGCAAGGACGAGGGCUGCAAGCUGGUCACCAUUGGGUCUGGCAAGGUCUUUGCCACCACUGGCUACGGCAUCGCCAUGCAGAAGGACUCCCACUGGAAGCGGGCCAUAGACCUGGCACUCCUGCAGUUUCUGGGGGAUGGAGAAACACAGAAACUGGAGACAGUGUGGCUCUCGGGGAUCUGCCAGAACGAGAAGAACGAGGUCAUGAGUAGCAAGCUGGACAUCGACAACAUGGCAGGCGUCUUCUACAUGCUGCUGGUGGCCAUGGGGCUGGCCCUGCUGGUCUUCGCCUGGGAGCACCUGGUCUACUGGAAGCUGCGGCACUCGGUGCCCCACACGUCCCAGCUGGACUUCCUGCUGGCUUUCAGCAGGGUGGGUGCCCGCCCCGCCACACGCAGGGCGCAGCUUUAGGGCCACCGGCCAGGCACGCCAGGGCUGGCCGUGGCCCGAUCC